AACUGGAAAAGAGCUUUUAGGAUCAUAUUUUGCACUUUGAAUACUCACAAAAUAGAUAUGGACAAGCUCUUAGGAGGGCAGAUUGGUCUUGAAGACUUCAUAUUUGCCCACAUAAAGGGACCAAAAAAAGAAGUGGAUGUUCUUAAAUCUGAAGAUUCUCUUGGGCUUACCAUUACAGACAAUGGAACGGGUUAUGCCUUCAUAAAGCGUAUUAAAGAAGGCAGCCUUGUCGACCAAAUCAAAGCGAUAUGUGUGGGUGAUCAUAUAGAAUCUAUAAAUGGAAAAAAUGUGGUGGGCUGUCGUCAUUAUGAAGUUGCCAAGAUACUAAAAGGACUAGAGAAGGAUCAAGCAUUUAAACUAACAUUGAUCGAGCCUAUGAAAGCAUUUGAAAUGAUUGAACCAAGGUUAAAAAGUGGAACUCUAUCAGAGGCUAAAAUUUCCAAGGGAAGAGAAACCAUUCGACUGAGAUCCAAAGGUCCUGCCACUGUGGAGGAAGUGCCCUCUGAAAUUGAAGAAAAAGCAAUAAAAAAAGUAGACGAUCUUCUUGAAAUAUACAUGGGAAUAAGAGAUAGUGAAUUAGCUGCCACAAUGGUAGAAGCAGGAAAAGGCAAGAACAAUCCAGAUGAAUUUGCUGUUGCACUUGAUGAAACUCUUGGAGACUUCGCAUUUCCAGAUGAGUUUGUUUUUGAUGUAUGGGAAGCCAUAGGUGAUGCUAAACAAGAACAAUUUUAAUGAGAAAUGUACAGUUUAUUAAUCACCAAAGAUAACACACUUGUUUUUAAACAAUUACAGGAUCCGAAUUUCAGUUUAUUAAUGAGACGUAUGAGUUGAUUAUGCAUAUUUUUGAAAUAUUCCCCUUUCAACUCUUUUGCCGAGGAGUAUUUUCUGGGAAUGUGUUUUGAAAAACCUUGUAUAGCAUCCAGCUAUACAUUUAAAAUCACUUAACCUACUUUUAUAAAUUAAUAUAUGGAACAGUUCCAUGGUAUGUGUUUAGUAUUCCAUUAAUCCAGUAUUUUUUCAUAUGUGCGGUAUAUUACCAAUAUUUUGCAGCUCUCUAAAGAGAUAUUAGACAUAUAUAAUAAAGAGCUAGAGCUAUUUUAUCCUUUUUUAAAAAAAGAUUUAUAAAACAUGAUAAUAUGAAAAAGUACUCAGAUGUGCUAUGACUUAAUAAUAACCAAUCAUGUACACUUAGCUUUACAUCUGUUCCCUUCUUACCGGUAAAAACAACAAGUAGUUCUGCGGCACCAUAGAGACUAACAAAAAUAUAUACUGUAGAAUCAUGAGCUUUUGUCGGUAGAACCCACUUCUUAUCUCUGUGUAUGAAGGAGUGCUUGUCUUUACAGAAAAUUGGAAAUAUUAUAUGAGUGAGGUUCAAAAAAAUCUUCACCCUCCUCAUGAUUGGGACUUCAUUUGAGAUCUGAGACUGUUUGAAUGGAUAUGAUUUGUUUUAAUUUGGUGUAUAAUAUAAAUUGCCUAAUAUUACAAUGGGCUAUUAGAAAUACUACACCAAAUUUAUAUAUCAGUCUCUGUCUGCCAUAUUGCUGCAUCAUAGUCUUGGAGUCAAACAUACACUUGAGUGUUUUGGUGAAUCAGAAUCUUGGUUUCUACUCUUUGUAUGGCUUUUUCAUGAAAAUGGGAGAGAGGAAAAAAUUAAAAAUAAAUUAAAAACAAGAAAAUAUGAUUAGUAAAACUACAAAAAAGUUGCAGCAUGGAGCAAAGGCCAGGUUUUUAGAACCUCAAGCUACUUUUAACUCAUUUUAAGAUUGAUUGGAUUUCAAGUUGUCCGUGUCCUUCUAGACUUAGAAAAUCAUGUUAUACAUAAACACAUUCUUAUCUCUUUUUAUAUUUCACUAAUAAAACCUGUGCUUAUUAAAGAAAAAAUAACUUUAAAAAAAUCCAAUUUAUCUAUAUGUACUCCUAUGUUUACUUUUUGUAGUCAGUCCAUUUCAAUUUUGUUUAUAUUCAGGUUUCAGUGUUGCAAUGUUUGGAUUUUAAACAAGGCAUAAGGAUACUUAUUUGUUCAGAAAUAACUGUUUUUGCAUUAAGAUUUUUGGGUUUGGUUUCUGUUGUGGAAAUAUAUUGAUCCUGGAAUUUAAACAUGGGCUGAAUGAUGAAUGACAAGAUCCAUUUAAAAUUAAAUUGAAAAAAAAAGUGGGACCUUAUCUGUGCAAGUACUAUAGCUUUUCAAUGUUCUUUUAUAUUUGAAUGAGCACAUAUAAUAAAAUACUAUUCCAAAAAUAAA